UUCAUUAGUUGUUAUUUUCCUUACAAAUCGCAAACUCGUGCAGCGGACUGAACGUUUUGUAGCAUUUCCAUCUGACUCUCCGUUCCAAUGGCCUCUUUUUCGUCCGGGUUUAGCCAUAGAAAAGGCGUGUGCUGUUGUUGAAAUAUCUUCACAUGAUGAUGAUGAUGAUGAGGAACGAACGACUGCGAACACAAGCGAAGCGAAGGAUGCGAUAUUAUAAAUUAUAUUAAGCGAAUCGACCGUUUUGUGAACAUAAAUGGUCUGUGGAUUACCGAACGAUAAAAAUGCACGAUGCGCUAUUUAUACGCGCUAAGAGUGCGCACGAAAACCUGGAUUUGGUGCCAUAUUUGGGCUAAUUUGUUGUUUUUGUAUUGUUCGGAUCACGCACAUCAAUUUUAAUUUUUAUACUAGUAUUCCCGCUGCAUUUUUUCCCGAAGAGCUCCCGAGGUUGGACCCGAGCGCUGAACCUCUGAGAGCUUUUAUGGAAACGCCGAAGACAUGAGAUGCGGUCGAAAAAAGAGGAAACGCGGCUCAUUUCGAUGUGACAUGUUUGUACUUGGUAAAAAAUCCUGUGUUAAGGCGCACGGAGAGCUUCGAUGGAAAGAGCCGCAACUGGCACCACCGGCGACAGAGCUGUCAUUGCUGUAAAAAUCGGACCUUUUCCUCCUGGAGGUUCCGUUUUAGCGCUUGGACGCAAUAAUACCUCGAAUAAGGAAGAAUAUAGGUGACUUUUCCGCUCGAGCAAUUCCGAUGAAGUGGGAAAAAAGGCAGUGAAAGGGCCCGCGGGACGUGAAUUCGCCACCUUUGUCUGGACACGCAGCGCGCAAACCAGAGGUGGUGGAAGGAAGAGGCGACGGUAAAGUGUCUCCCGAAAAGAACGAGGGAUUUGCGAAAAAUGGGGCGAUGCAAAAUGAGGUUCCCCAGUUCCUUGUGAGUGAAGGAAGAGAGGCAGCCACGAGGACGUCCAAGAGAGCAGUCCAAGGAGGAGGAGGAGGAGGAGGAAAGGGGGAGUGGCAGUCCCUCACGGUAGGGAACUGCAGCAAAGAAGGGAUGGCCAGCGGAAACGAGAGCAGCAAUGGCCCUGGCAGCCCGCUGGCGGCUAUGGCAGGGACAGGAGGAAUGGUGGGUGGGGGCUGGUCCUCAGCCGUUUCUACCUACGUCAAGCUGGUUCUCCUGGGUUUGAUCAUCUGCGUCAGCCUCGUGGGCAACCUGGUGGUCUCCUUGCUCGUCCUGCGCGAUCGGGGCCUGCACAAAGCCCCAUACUAUUUCCUCCUGGAUCUCUGUUUGGCAGACACCAUCCGAUCAGCUGUCUGUUUCCCAUUCGUCCUGGUGUCCAUCAAGAAUGGCUCCGCCUGGACGUACAGCGUGCUGAGCUGCAAGGUGGUGGCCUUCAUGGCUGUGCUGUUUUGCUUCCAUGCUGCCUUCAUGCUCUUCUGCAUCAGCGUUACCCGCUAUAUGGCCAUUGCCCACCACCGCUUUUACUCCAAGCGCAUGACCUUUUGGACUUGUGUGGCGGUGGUGUGCAUGGUCUGGACGCUGUCGGUGGCGAUGGCAUUUCCACCUGUUUUUGAUGUAGGUACCUACAAGUUCAUCCGUGAGGAGGACCAGUGUAUCUUUGAGCACCGCUACUUCAAGGCCAAUGAUACGCUGGGAUUCAUGCUGAUGUUGGCUGUGCUGAUCCUGGCCACUCACGUAGUCUACAUGAAGCUCCUGUUCUUUGAGUACAAGCACCGCAAGAUGAAGCCUGUUCAAAUGGUGCCAGCCAUCAGCCAGAAUUGGACCUUCCAUGGGCCUGGCGCCACGGGCCAGGCAGCCGCCAAUUGGAUUGCAGGAUUUGGCCGGGGUCCCAUGCCUCCCACUCUGCUAGGUAUCCGGCAGAACUUGCAUAACCAGAACCGGCGCUUGUUGGGUAUGGAGGAGUUCAAGGUGGAGAAGCGGCUGGGGAGGAUGUUCUAUGUCAUCACGCUUUUUUUCCUUGUACUGUGGUCACCUUACAUCGUGGCCUGCUACUGGCGUGUGUUCGUGAAGGCCUGCACCAUCCCACAUCGGUACCUCUCCACCACCGUCUGGAUGAGCUUCGCUCAGGCCGGGGUCAAUCCCAUCAUAUGUUUCUUCCUCAACAAGGACUUGAAGAAGGGGCUGCUGGCUCACUUGCCUCCCUGCUGUAGGACUACACCUCAACUGCCCCGUGAGCCUUACUGUGUCAUAUGAUAAUGACGAGCGGCAUUUAGAAAGGGGGACUCGUGCAUUUAGAGUUUUUCUGUGUGGGGUGGGGUGCGGUGGAAAUGAAGAACCAUUAAAUGUGUUGUGGCCUUUCAUUCAGUGCAAGAUGCUUUAAUGUGCAAGGUUUGUAAGAUCUUCAUAGUGAAGAGCAGGGCAGUGAUGUUUGCAUUGACUCUCUUAUCCCAUGUAUAGUGAUGGUUCGUUUCUCCAGGGUAAAAUGUAGGUAGGUACUAUAAUGCCCUGAUCCAAGUACAAGGCCAAAUUAAAUAAAUCGUACAGAUAUAGGGAUACAUAUGAAAGCAGCAUAGCCAUCCAGUUGUUGAACACCAAAUUACUUCCCUACUGUUAACAUAUUAUUUUCUGCAGAAUGUACUGUUAAAAAAAAAGACACUUUUUAUGUGUGAGAAUACGCCGCAUAUGCUGGCGGUGCAUACAAACACUAUGAAAGGUAUUUUGUUUUAUAUUUGGAGGGAGUAAUCAACUUGCCAUAUAAUGCGCGAAUGCUGUUUCUCUUGACUGGGAUCGGUUUAAGGACAAGAAAAUGACAUUUUUAUACCGUUUCUGAGCAAACAAUAUUAGAAAUACCAACAGAUUAUGGUAAAAACACACUGGCAACGACACUAAUGGAUGUGACGCUGACUGAAAUGGUAAAAAUAGGAGUAGUCCUAAUAUCGAACGGUCCGUCUCUUUUGACAGCACGCACUGCAGCUUCGGAGACGGGCCAGGUGUGCAGAAAACUGAAAUACUGUGACAAAUGCGGACCCUCGUGCUACGCACUUGCGCUCAUACGGGGAACCCGCUGAGUCUGGAGAGCUGGGAGUUUUGUAACUUCACAGCGAUGGACGAGUAUAUUUACGUAAAUGCAAGAUAUUUUUAAACGCAACUAUUCACUUCUUACAGUGAACAUUUACGAAGUUCUCGUGGUUGAUGCCGUACUUUUGGACUCAUUCUAAAUCUGUCAAAGUAAUUUGACAACCAAAGAUAAUAGCAGAUACGAUGGAGGCAAAAACCAUACAAUGAGAAGUGUCAAACUGAUCAUACUGUCAUCUUUGUAUCUAGUCCCUCUGUAAUGUAAAAACACACUCUUCCUGAAAAAAGUCCAGAUUCAUUUACACCUGAAAUUCAGUGUUCGCAUGUAAAAAAAAUCAAGGUCACUUUUUUGAAAAAUACAAAUGGAAAGAGCAGUUUUCCGGGUGUCGUAAAACAAAAUCUACUUGAAUAAUCAUCAGAUAGACUCAUGGGUAAUCCAUUUUUGCAAGGGUGCAAAGUGCAAAAGCGUCUCAGGUCAACUUUUCCACAUAUCAAAUACAAGUCACUUUCAUUUCCGUGAAACUGUUCGGAGCGGACUCCGAAAGGGGGGACGUGGACAAAGCGGCAGAAAACGCAGGGGACGUUAGAAUUCUGAGUCGACUGAACUGCUGGUGGUGAAUUGUUCCAGUUGUGGGCUUAUUGGAAGUUUCGCCUUGCGUGGCCAUAAUUGAUGUGAUUUGUGGGUGUAACCCAGGUGAGAUAAUGCGUUACAGGUAUUGCGUGGUGGACACUGCUGCACGGCACUGCAUCCAAAGUGCACCUUAAGAAAAAGGCUGAACGCUGACUCUCCCUCUCGUCCGGUUAUUCGGAGUUAGCUGGGAUGAAUCGUCCACCACCGCGUGCAUUUCCAGUUGCCCGGUUCUGCCAUAAGAUUUGGGGGCCGCAUUUGAGGUGAUAACGGACUUUGGAGGAAAGAGUGCGAUGCAGCGAACCUAAGUUUUACAGCAGGCCUGGAUGAGCUGUAGUUAAAAGCACCGUAAAGGGGGCAACGGAAGAGUUCCCUAAAGGAAAAUCAAGAUAUUCGCCAAGAGAUGACCGAAAAAUGUCAUCCGUAGACUCUGUUGCUAAAUUGUUAAUAAUCUGCGCUAUCAUUUGAUGUGACAGAAUGUGCUGGGGGAAAACGUUCACGUUUGACGUCUGACGAAAACAUUUGUAAUCAGGUUAUUUCAGAUUUUGCCGAAGAGCUUCUCGGCAAUUUAACAGAUAAGGAGCAAUCUAAUAGAACCGGCUCCUGUUUCCACAAGUCCACAGAAACGGACAUGGUCCGAGGAAAUAUAACCGCUGUUCGAAGAAAGUUACAUUAGGAGCAGGUCUUACGUCGUCUCCGUUUUCAAAACAGCGUAAAGAAAGGUUAGGUCAUAUUUUACACACACACGUCCCGAGCGGGGUCGCGGCGAGCCAAAGCCUAACCCGGCAA